AAUAUUCUAAUUUGAAUUAGAAAUACGAUAUAAAUAUAUUGCUCAGUCGUCAGACAGUAGCUGUGAGUUGCAGGUGAAUAAUUUUACACUCUACAAAGUCUAACAAAAUGUCGAAAGUUUUCCAUCUUUUGGGCGACAAUUUCAUCAACAAAGACGGCGAUUCGAUAGCUCUGACAAGCAUCCAAGGGAAGGAUAAAAUUAUUGCUGUGUAUUUCUCGGCUCACUGGUGUCCGCCUUGCAGAAACUUCACGCCAAAACUCGCAAAGUUUUACAACAGCGUGAAGCAAAGCCAAAACGGAGCAAACUUUGAGCUCAUAUUUGUGAGUUCGGAUAAGACCGAAAAGGAAUUUUCAGAGUAUCUCAGUCAAAUGCCAUGGUACGCUUUGCCGUACAACAAACGAACUGAAAAGGUAAAUAUGUGUGUGCAAAGUUUUAAAAUUUAUUAAAGACAGUGCGAAUUGAGAAAUUAUACAAGCCGAACUCAUACAGAACUUCAAGAGUUCUGUUUGUAUUUAAUUAUCAGGUGGCUGUUCUCUCUCAAACCCCAGUUGUCUUGUUUAAUAUCCUCGCCCUACCUACACUGUCAGCCUGUUCGAGAUUUUAAAAUUUUACAUCGUUUUGUUUGAAGUUUCAGCUUGUGUACUUUGUGUUUAAUUUCCCAAACCGAGUAUAUAUAUAUAUAUAUUAAAGUUUUAAUUUUGUCCCCAUUCGUUGUGCAAAUAUCAUGAAAUGUGUAAGUACUUUAAAGUUGUAUAUGCUUUUAUAUUUAAUUGGGUUUUGUCAUUCGGCGUUUAUUUGAAAGCUAUAUGGGACGCGUCGUGUAAGUACUUAGUCGGUCAAGACACCUGCCCUGGCUAAUUGGGCAAUUUUUAUUAUUUUUUAUUAAAAUAAAGCAAAAACGACCUUGUAAAAUUGUGAAUUUGAACAGAAUAUUUGGGUGUAAAAAAAUUUGUGGUGCUUUUACAGGAAAUGUAUCUUGUAUAAAAUUGAUUGUACACGUACUGUACUCAGUUUUAUGCCACAACUGAAAUUUGUACUGAAUGUGUCGGAAUAAAAUUAUCACUAACACAGUGAUUGUCAUUUAAAUUAAAGUGAUAUAUAUUUAAUGCCUUCAAGACAAUGCAAUGAAACCUAGCAAUAUAUUAUACGAAACUGCAGCUUAUGUUUAUUAUAAUAUUGCAAGUUCUGACUGUGCCAGGAAUGAAUAAAAUUAUAAAAAAAUAUGGCCAAACAUUAAUGCCCCACGAUUUCUCCUUAAUGAGUAAAACUGUCUGACGAUUGAAUGAGUAAAGGCGCAGUGUUACACUAUGCAAUUUGUCUCGCAACUUGUCUUGCAAUUUUGUUGCGACACAAGUUGCUUGACUGUCAAUCUGGUGCCAAACGUUAGCACUCACGGGUUUUUAUACUAUUUUUAAUAUUGAUUAUUGCAAGUUGCAUGGAACAUAUUGCUUGGUGUGACAUUCCCUUGCAAUGCAAUGCCGAAAUUGUUUUUCUUAACAUUGCGAGACAAGUUCCAAGAGAAGUUGCUUGUUGUAACAGCGCCUUAUUAGGCUCUUCAUAUGCAAGCAGCUGGGCUGGCCUGCUUAGCAAUAUAAUCCUGUAAGUAGGAUGAAUUUGUCUUGUCUAGCUUUUAUUUGAGAAAAUUUCAUCCCGCUUGCCAGGACAAUUUUGUUGUUUUGACACUGUCGUAGAGACUGUAGAAGUCUGACUCAGCCAAAAAAAGUAAUCUCUGCCACACCAUGAUUCGCAAUGGUUGUCAUCAAAAUGCACUCGUCAUGUUCCCAGAGGCAUUCACCGCCCCCCUCCCCCCUCCUGAAUGUCUGCCAUUUUGAAUAUUUUCAGGUGAAUGCCUCUCGUAAGUGCACUGGCUAUAUAUUAAGGAACGCAGUAUAAUGGGUGCCGACAUGAAGCCAUAUUUCUGUAUUAUUCUCUAUAACUUUCAUCUCGGCAGCCUGGUAAUUAAGUGUAGUGAAUGUUUAUAUGGAGAAAUUUUCAUCCCAUGCACUAAGCCAGAUCUCGGCUCUUUCAAGCGAGAUCAUGGGAACCGGGACAACCACAGGUUAUCCAAUCAUAUUAAACUGAAAAUAGUUUUUACUAUGGAAAUAAUUAACUACAUGGCGAGGUUUCGCUUACCAGGCUGUCGGCUAAAUGGGCAAGCCAGCCAGACCCUACAAUUACAGCAUAAUGCCUGAUUUAUACUAUCCUCUUGACGAAUAAAAUCGUCUGGGAUUAGACAAAGUAAAAUGAUAAAUUUGAGCGCAUUGUUGCUCAAUGGGUUAAGUGCCAAUGAUGAAAUGUAUCCCGGAAUUAAAAUUUGUUAUUAAGUAAAGGUUUUCCUUUGAUGAGUUAAAUUAGCCAGAUUGUCACAGACCUUUAUACUAUAAGUAUGGUAAGUAUAAAGGCCUGCACAGGCUGCAUUAGGCAGAAUAAAAUAACACUGACAAUAAUUAACUAACUAGACAGUUGACAUAUUGCAUCUUAACAGCUGGCUAUGACAACAUGUAAUUAACUCUUUAGUGGCAAUGCGCCCUACUUUAUUAUUUUACUCUGUCUAACGCCAGACUAUUUUACUCACUGACUAUAGCUGUUUAACGUCAGACGAGUUUACUUGCCAGUGGCCGGGAGAGUGCUGCCACUCGAUGGGUUAAUCAUACUAUUCUGCCCACAUGCACACCCUGCAUGUUAACCCUUAGUGGCAAUGCAUGCGCCCUACUUUAUUAGUUUACUGUGUCCAAAUGCCAGACAAUUUUACUCGUCAGGGGGAGAGUGCUGCCAGCAGGCCUUAAAAUAUCAGUCGGUCACGGACAUUGUCCGACCCAUUCAUGAAAUUGUCUGAUGUAGAGAGGAAGCCACCGGACAUUCUGUCCGACCUAAGUAAAACUGAAGUUUAUUGUUUGUCCGACUCAAGUGUAUUUGUGUCCGACCGAACUGUAGCUUUGUCCAACGUAAAUCAAAAUGUACCCUAGCCUAGGAAUAGAGGCUUGUAUGUUAAAUGGAAAAUCAGAGUAUACUAUUGUAUAAAAGGUCAGAACUGGAACAUUUAAUGUUGUUUUAACGUAGUUGAGCGCUGGGCGGCAAGCGAAAUGGUGAAGUGGAAGAUGGGCUUAAGUUGUCAAGUCUGUUUUAAUACUGCUUUUCCGGAAAGCAUGUUAAUUUUGGCGUGGAAAUAAGUAUGAAAGAAACAAUAUAUAUUAUUUAAUAUCUUCACAACAUUUACCGUUCAGAAUUAAUACAUUGUGCUGAUAUUUAUUUGUGUCAUUCAGACUUAUUUCCGAGUCAAAACUGAACUGAAGGUCAUCGGACAUAUGUCCGACCCAAACUCAACGUCAUCGGACAUUUUGUUAGACAGCCCUGUAAAAGAUAUUUUAAAGCCUCAGUGCCAUUCAGUGGGUUAAAGUAGCCAGGGCUGGUGCAUCAGGAUGCAUGAGAUCUUGCAAACACAUGAUUGGGUAAUUCUUUAAAAAUGUGGAACGUACAUAUGGAUCUUGAUACCUCUUGCACAAAAUAAUACGUACCAGAGCAAUAAUGCUGACAUUUUUACUAAAGCAAUGAAUAUUUUUGUUGUUAAGGGUAAACUGUCCAAACAUUUCAAAGUGAAUGGCAUUCCCACAUUGAUUUUCCUGGAUGGGGAGACGGGAAAAGUGAUCAAUAAAAAUGGUCGAUCUGCCGUGGACACUGACCCUGAAGGAAAAAAUUUCCCGUGGAAAGCAAAGUUGUUGCAUGACAUCUUGAAGAAGGGAGAAUACAUUACAAACAAUGAUGAGAAGAAACUAUCAUUUGAAGAAGAUAUUAAGGGCAAAGUUCUUGGCAUAUAUUUUUCUGCCCACUGGGUAAGUUCUGCAUGAUUACCAAAUGACCAACAUGACUAUACCAAAUGAUUGAUCCACCCAGUGUUCGAAUUAAAUAUUUAAAAGUGAAUAGCGAAUUUCCACCAUGUACAGUAAAAAAGGAUAAUGAGCAUUCGAUCUCCAACCAGAAAGGCUGUUAUAAUAAUAAAGAUUCAGCAGUCUUUAUUUUUUUGGCAACAAAGAGAGAAAACGAUGAUGUAAAAUUAAAUCAUUUCGAUUUCCAAUAUCACCCGUAAAAAUUUGCACAAUAUCUAAAAGAGUUAUUUUUUAAAAAUUAAAAGGCAUAUUUAUUCAAAGUUAGAGUAAAUUAAAGUACAAACAAAAUACUGUACAUAUAAAAGUAAACAUGGCAAUUAAGCUCAGAAGCAAAAAAAGAAACUGGCAUACUACACAUCAUGAAUUAAACUAGAAAGUUAUUGAUUCCAUUUUUAUUUGGGUUUUAAACAUAGUAAGUGGGCAAUUGCUAGAUAGUAUACUUCAAAAUAAGGUUUCCAUUUUUAUAUCAAUUUUUAAAAUAAUUAAAAUAAGUUUGGGUUAGGUUAGGGUUUAGGUUAGGGUUAGGUUGGGGUUAGGGUAAGGGUUAGUAUUAGGGUUAGGGUUUAGUUUUGUGUUAGGAUAGUUUUUUCUACGUUAUAAAAACGGAAACCUUAUUUUGAAGUAUACUAUCUAGCGAUCACCAUAGUAAGCGAUUGUGAAAUUCAAAUCUGAUUAUAGUUGCAUGAACAAGUAGCAUGACAUUUGACCUUAAUCCUACAUGGAUUUUGACACAUUUUUAUAAUGUCAGCCUAUCAUAUUAAAACAUUAAAUCAAAACACAGCUUGAGGCCAUUAGAAAAGGCGCAAUUCUAUUGUCUAUUCAGAAAUAUCAGCGCAUAUAUGAGAGAAUGUUUCCCUCAAAAUACACAAAGAAUUGUUUGAAAACAAACGUUUCCAAUGUUGUCCGUUUUACCUUUUCACAUGUGAAAUCUUCUCAGGUUGAAUAGUGAUUUUUUUAUAUUACUGUAUAGCAAAAUGAGUAGCGAAUUCCGAUUCGCUAUCUGUUAAUUUGAACCCUGGAUCCACCAACCGGCUGGUUAACUCACAGUUAAUAAAGGUUAACUGAAUGGCAUAUUUGAAAAUAUGGCUGUAUAAUUACCUUGACAUGUUUACAUGUUUUUGAAAUGCAAAAAAUGUAUGGUCAUGCAAGCAGAUUUUUUAGGGUGGUGCUAACGUGAGAUCAGCCCUAUAAAUAAAUAAAUAAAUAUAGGCCUGAUACAAACCUUAACAAACGUCCAUGCCGUACAACCGUAUUUUGAUUGUAAAUCUGAUUGGUCUAUGAGACAAAAGAUUUUUUAAUCUGUCAUUUGAUUGGUUGGUGCUAAUUAGAUCAUACUAUUGUUGUUGAUAUAUUUUAUAGUGAUCACAACUAUAUAAUUAGAUUGUUGUUGUCGUUGUGUGAAAUUUAAAUUUCUCCUGCAACAUUUUGAUUGGAUACUAAAUAUAAACUUUGCUGUGGGUGGAAAACGAUUGGAUUAAGGUUUGUAUCAGGCUAUAUUUGUAGAAUACUUGCCUGAUACUCAGGUUAGGGUGGUGCAAGCGGCACCACUGAGUGAAGCGGCACCACUGAGUGAGCUUCGGCAGCUAGGGGUUAGGCAUUAGGGUUAAAAACUUUCACACAAAAUAGGAGGGGUGACGCGAACUUUUGUUGUGGUUGAACACUUUAUAAGAGGGGUUAGAGAGAUUCUGGGGUGGGGGGUUAACCCCCUCCUUAACUCCCCGGGCCCCCAGUAAAUCUGCCCGUGCCUAUAGAUGAAUAAUUAAGUGCAAAUCAAAAUACAGUACACAUGUAAAAAUGCACUUGUAAGUUGUUACUGGUCUGAAAAUAUGUUGUUACAACUCUGUUCACAAGCUGUCGACCAGUUGCGUUCUCACUGCUAUUUGUUCCCAGUUGACUUGUUGUAACAAGUUUGAAACAAGCUGUUAAUUACUACUAAUUGUAACAAGCUUGAUGGCAUUAUCAGACUUUGUUCUUACAAGUCUGAUACAGGAUAGGAAUAUGAGUUCAACAUUUCUUACAGUGAUAUAUUUUUUCAGUGUCCACCAUGCAAGGCUUUCACACCCAUGCUUUGUGACACGUACAAAGCAAUCAACAAAGAUGAGAAGAAAUUUGAGAUUAUAUUUGUAAGCUCGGACCAAAACGAAGAAGCAUUCAAAGCAUAUUUUGCUGAAAUGCCUUUCCUUGCCUUGCCAUAUGAAAAUGCGAUCAAGGAUGACUUGAGUGAUUAUUUUGAGGUUGAAGGUUAGUAAUCCUGUAAAUGUUCUUUUUUUAAAGAUUGUUUGUAGCUGAGAGGGAUAAUUGCCAUGUUAACCAUUAAGUUACAAUGUGCCCUGAUCGGAUGCUCCAUACUUUAUUAUUUUACCCUGUCUAACACAGCCCUUCAGGUAUCCGUUUGAAGUCCUGGCUAAUAAUAAUUUGGGUAUGACCAAUAUAUUCUGUUUUGCUCUACUGAGGCUCCGGCUAUUAAUUGAUGAAUGAAGCGAGUAUGCAAAGAAUGGAAGGUCGAAGCUUUAAGGGCACUGUGAGUUAAGUGGUGGGCAAUUAGGCUUGCAACCUUUGUGUAUUUGGUAUAUUGUCCAACUCAUGUGAAAGACUGGGCUAAAAACUUCAGCUUGUUAUGACUGCAAGUACCGGCGAAUUACACACAGCCUCUGGCGAAUGACUGUCAAAUGUCUUCUUAGUGCUGGCGAAAUUAGCCGUUUGCUGGUAAAAACAAGAUGGUUGGUCUAACGCCAGACAAUUGUACUUGUCAAAAGGAGAGUGCUGCCACUCAAUGGGUUAAUCUGAAACAUGCCCAUGCAUCUGCCCAUGCAUCCUGUUAACCCUUUACGUACUGUACUUUAUUAUUUUACUCUGUCAAACACCAGACUAUUUUACUCGAUCUGUCUAAAUUUAAAAGGAGAGCUAUAUAUAGUGCAUGCUGUUAUUCAAUCAAUGGGUUUAUAAAUUACCCAUUAAGUUGUACUGAGUCCUAAUGCAACUUAUUAUUAUACUCGAUCUGUUUAAUGCCAGAUGAUUUUACUCAUCAAGGGGAGAGUGCUGCCACUAUUCUAUUAUUUUACUUCAAUCUGCCCUACUCUAUUAUAAUUUUACUUCAAUAUCAAAUGCCAGACUAUUUUACUCUGUCUAACUUUAAAAGGACAGUGCUGCUACUCAUUGGGUUAAUUACCAAUUAAGUAGUAUUAAUCAGCUCUAAUUCAGCUUACGUUAUUAUAAUUUUACUAUGUCUAACGCCAGGUAACAGAGUAAUACGUUUAAUGUCAUGAGACUGAGUGCUGCCACCAGGGGCCGCGGAACAGGGGGGGGGGGGCAAUGGGGGCAUAUUGUGCCCCUCGCCUUUUUUAAAAGUGAAAAAGUGUCCUUUUUUCUGGGCUAAAGUGCUCCAUUUAAAGAACGAUAAAAGUAUCUCUUGAAUGAACACCCUCUUUUGCUCAGAAAUGAAAGUGCCCUUUUCGCAGUAGUAAAUAAUAAAAGACCAUUUCCGACGCUAUAGAGACUCCAUAUUUAAAAAAAUGUUUGUUCGGCUCGCAAACAACAUAAUAUCGUUUGAUCUUGGUUGUAUACAAAAGUGCCCCUUUUGGUCAAUGCCCCUUUUGGUCAAUGCUCCUCCACUUUCGAAACGCUUUCGCGGCCUCUGGCUGCCUCCCUGGGUUAAUUACCAUUAAUUCCGCCCUAACACACCCUACUAAUUAUUAUUUUACUCUAGCUAGAUGAUUUUAGGUCAAGGGGGAGAGCACUUGCUCUUCAUGGUUUAAUGAGCAUUCAGGAUGACCUAAAUGAGCUAAUGGUGAUGAUCAUAUAAUUGACGUUUCUAAUUUUUCCAGGCAUUCCAAUGUUGAUCAUUCUUGAUGGCGAUGGAAAAUUGAUAACUUCGAGUGGUCGAGCAGUAGUGAGUGGUGACAAGGAAGGAAAGGUGGGAAAUUUUGAAGUUCUGCUUGUAUUUAUAUAUAUAGGUGUAUGUAGGCAAAUAUAUAGGCAAACUUUCAAUCCUCCACCCAGAAAGCAUCGGCCCCCGGCAUUUACAAAAAUUCUUCAACCCAUAAUAUUUUUGUGUCUAUUAUGACUUUGUGUCUAUUAUGACUUAAUUUUUUUCCUCUUGCAGAAAUUUCCCUGGAAUCCAGAGCCAGUGGAAAUCUUUGAUGAAGUUUCGGGGCCAAAAGUCAACGAUGAAGCAUGUCUAAUUUAUAUUCCAGCUGGAGGUAACAGAUUAUGUUAUAAUUCCUCCCUCCCCAAAGUUUUUAAUAGUGUAGCUUUAAUUCAAUCACAUUUGAUGAAAAAUUGCAUGGGAUGGGCCAAUGUUGCAGUGUUUAAUUUACAUAUGCAAAAUUGAUAGUGUAAACUGCCAGGGCGGAUCUGUCCUCAUCUACAAGGAGGAGUGCAGUGCAGGUUUUCCAUGGGGUAGUGCAUGAGGAAGCCUUACUGCCCAGUCUCCUCUGCAGUCUGCAACGCUACCAUCCCAACAUUACCAUUAUUUGAGAUGGCCCAAUCUGCAUGUUCGCCGUUCUGUUACGUUUUACAUUAUGUUUUGUACAUAAAGUUUAUAUCGGCUUUCAUUCACGUACGCGUGACCGGACAGUUACAGUACAGUGUAUUUGAAAAGAUGGCUGUAUAACAACCUCGACAUGUUUACGUAUUUAACCAUGAUAUUUAACUAUAAAGCAUGCCGAGUAUUUUGUCACGGGUUCACAGACACAAAUCAAUUAAAUCGUUUCAAGAAAUCGACACUCGCUAACAGUAGAAGUUCCGCUAAUCGCUUUCGAAAAACAGAAACUGUAUGGUCAAGCCAAUCUUUUUAGGGUGGUGCUGGACUUGUCUAGGGGAGUGCUAGACACCACUACGUGGGAUGCGCAGCCCCCCCCCCCCCCCCCCAACCCCUAUGGUAGAUCCGCUCCUGUGCGAAACAGGCUAACCAGCCUUUAGCAAUUCUCAUUUCAUGUUCGUCCUCGCCAUUUUAACGUGUUAUCGAUGCUUCCAUAUUCUCUAUGUUAUAGACCAAGAAACGGCUGACCAAAUGAAAGCGAUUUUAACACCAUUUGGAAAAGAAUGUCAAAAGGUAUCCAAGGAGGAAGACACUCCUCAAGAUCUAUUCUUCUUCGUCGCACCCACUGGCGCAAAUCCUGUCGUAGAAUCUCUCUGCGAGUUCCUUGGCAUCAAUAAAGAUGAGAAAUCGUUGUUUAUCGUUGAUGUUCCCUCGGGAGAGCUUUACAAGUCCACAACAGCUGAACCAGUUCAAGAAGAGGUCAGCAAGUUUAUCAAUGAUUAUAGAGGUGGCAAAUUAGUGGCAAAGAACAUUCGUGAGUAGAUGUUAGGUAAUUAGGAUUUUUCAUUCGAGUAUUAAACUUCGUAGGCCGGGUGAUCAAUUUGUCCUUGACAAUGUGUGUUCAACAAUUUUUGACCGUUUAUCAUUGCUAGCUUUUGAAAAAAGAAAAGUUGUUCGUCUAUUGUAUGGGUAAUUCCAUGGUGACUCGUGUUACAUUCUGAACCAAACUGUCAGAGUCAUUUUGAUCCGAUGUAAUAACUAAUACAUUUUUUAUGUCACAUUUUUGCAUGCAGGUACAAAUGAUGUUAAGCUACUGAUUCACAAUACAAAUUUUGAUUAUAACGUGAUAAGACUGGUGGCCGUGAAUUGGUGUGUGACUCAUGUUACGACAAAGUGACAUGAGGUAUCACCCACCUAGCUACUUUUGAAUUUCUUCGGGAACCAUAGGAAGGAGAAACAUACAAUGUCUAUCAAAUAACAGACUAUAUGUUAGGCCAUGCAAACUACCAACACAAAUAAAUUUUAUAUUUUGGAUUACAAUAGAAGGAUUGCUACAUAAUACAUGUGACUCACGUUACGUGACUCAUGUUACAUAUAAAGCACAUCUUCAUAUUUCAGUUCAGAAUUGUUUCCAAUAGCUUCUGAAAAUUCUUGACAUCACCACCAUGGAAUUACCCUGUAUACUGUUAUUGCUGGUGUUAAACCAAAGUACUUAAUUUAAUUGUCAUAGAAAUAUUUAGCUCAGAUGAAAAUUAAUAUUGGCAGAAAUUUAAAUACUACAUGUAAUUGAAGAUAUGAUGCCAGAUGGUCUUCAAAGCCACAAAAUAGAAGAUUUCUGUUUGAUGUUGAACUGGGCCUCGCCGUGCACAAAUCCUUUGUCUCAACUACAUUAAAUACAUGUAUCUAUCCCUAUUGGAAGAUUACUUCAUUAUACGAGAAUACAAUGAGCUCAGUCUCCGUGACCGUGCAUAAAUUAACAUAAACUCGACAAAAACAUAACGAAAUGACUUCUGUGAGUUUCCAAACCAUCGUAUCUUCAUAGACUAUGAAUUACCAAGGUUUGUUUAGAAUCACAAAGUGAAAUCAAAAUAGUGGAUAUUUGAUGCCAGUUGUAGUCACUGGUUUUCAGUCAGCGCUGACUUCCAAUAUCUACUUUUUCUCUCGCUUUCCAACAAAAUAUGUAUUGGUGGUUAUUAGUUAAUGUAUGGGUAUAUUAUUAAGCAAAUGUUGCAAUAAAUUCACUUUUUGAA